AUGACAAAUCCAAGAUAUGAUGAAAUACUAAAACCUAAAAUUACAUCACCAUCAAAUAAUUCAGAUUUAGUACCUUCACCACCAGGGUUUUCUUCAAAUUCCAAUUCCUCAAUAAAUAAAUCAUCAUCAAGUAAAACAUCAAAAAAAGAUUCCAAUGAAAUGAAAACGUUAAGAUCAAAGAGAGUUUGGGAAUUAGCAAGUGCUCCAGCAAAAUCAAUACCAAUGAAUGCAUUUAUGAGUUAUAUGACAGGUAAUUCAUUACAAAUUAUACCAGUUACAAUGACAAUUAUGUUAUUAUGGAAUCCAUUAAAGAGUAUAUUUAAUGAAACAAAUCCAAUGUUUUUAAAAUUAAAAAACAAUGAUAAUUUUCAAGAAAUAAUAUUUGCUAAAUUUGUAUUUAUUAUAUUUCAAUUAUUAAAUAUGAGUAUUGGUAUUUAUAAAUUAUAUAAAAUGGGAUUAAUACCACAUACAGAAGCAGAUUGGUUAGCAUGGAUGGAUUUUGAACCAAAAACGCAAGUUUUAUAUAAUUAA